CUUCAAAAAAAAAAGUCCUCCAACUCACAUAUCGUCCGUUCAUAGACUGUAGUAUCCCCGAAACCCACCAAUGAAAGUCUACCAUACUGUGCCUCCCCCCAUCUCACCUCCUCCCCACCAAAACCAACUAAAAGUGGAGUCUCCCAAGCACACACCCAAACAUAAACAAACAAUAUCUCGGACGAAAAACCCCCAAAAAAAAUCAAAACAACAAACCCCCAGCCCGCACGAAUCCAAACCCUCGGGUCCUCAAGUGCGUGCCUAAACGUAUUUCAGUAUUCCAUGCUAAGCCGCCAAGCGAAACCAAGGAUGGAAAUGUUGACUAAAAGACAAAAAACAAGUCAGCAUUC